AUCAUUUAUAAGAUAAAUACAAUACUUAUAUGUAAAAAAAAAUAAAAAUGUUUAUAAAAUGUGUAAAUCUGACAAAUAUUUUUUAAAUCAAUAACGUAGAUUUUAAUUUGAAAAUAUUUUAAAAUCAAUCAAAUUUGUUUUAAAUAGAAUUAUUUUGUUUUGUUUUUCAAAUCAACAUUUUAAUAUAUUACAUUUAUUUUUACUAAUGAAUGAACUCAUUGAUGUCGGGUUCAGGAGCCAUUUUGCUGACUCAUGUUAACGGAGAGGAGACGCCAUCUUUAUCUUUCUCUGAUAUCAGUAUUAGGAUGCAGCAGCAGAGACCUGGACCUGGUCCUGGACCUGGACCUGGACCUGGACCUGGACCUGGACCUGGACCUGGACCUGAAGAUGGACCUGGAUCCAGCUGUGUGUCCAUGAAGAGUGGCUGGUCUAUGGAUCCCCCUCUUGUCUUUGAAUCUGGACGUCCUGCAGAGGGAAGGAAGCAGAAGAAGAGACAUAAACCUGGACCUGGACCUAAACCUGGACCUGGACCUGAAGAUGGACCUGGACCUGAAGAUGGACCUGCAGAUGUACCAGGACCUGGACCUGAACCCAGACCAGAACCUGGACCUGAAGAUGGACCUGGAGAUGGACCUGGACCUGAAGAUGGACCUGGAGAUGGACCUGGACCCAGCUGUGUGUCCAUGAAGAGUGACUUUUCUAUGGAGUCUCCUCUUUACUUUAAAGCUGGACAAAGUGCUGAUGAAAGUCUCAGGAUCCAGCAGCAGAGACCUGGACCCAGCUGUGAGUCCAUGAAGAGUGACUGGUCUAUGGAGUCUCCUAUGAACUUUAAAUCUGGACAAAGUGCUGAUGAACGAGUUCUGCAGGAGUUCUCAGAGGUUCCCAGUGAUCAGUCCGCCCCGAAGCAUCACACAGACCUGGACUCCAUAUUUAUGCUGCUGGAGGACAACAUCGUGACUUUUGUGAAAAACGAGCUGAAGAAGAUCCAGAAGGCUCUGAGUUCAGAUUACCCAGAAGGCUUAGAGAGUCAGAGUGAGGAAGAGGAGGUGUUGGAGGCUGAGGAUGAAGAGCAGAGGAGCAGCAGAGAGGCAGUUCUGAACAUCACCCUGCACUUCCUGAGGAGCAUGAAGCAGGAGGAGCUGGCUGAGCGUCUGCAGAGCAGAUCUCCUGCUGCAGUGUGCAGUAAACUCAAAUCCACCCUGAAGGAGAGGUUCCAGUGUGUGUUUGAGGGCAUCGCUAAAGCAGGAAACCAAACCCUUCUGAACCAGAUCUACACAGAGCUCUACAUCACAGAGGGGGGGUCUGCAGAGGUCAACAAGGAACAUGAGGUCAGACAGAUUGAAACAGCAUCCAGGAAACCACACAGACCAGAAACAACCAUCAGACAAGAAGACCUCUUUAAAGCCUCACCUGGAAGAGAUGCACCAAUCAGAGCAGUGAUGACAAAGGGCGUGGCUGGCAUUGGGAAAACAGUCUUAACACAGAAGUUCACUCUGGACUGGGCUGAAGGCAAAGCCAACCAGGACAUCCAGUUCAUAUUUCCAUUCACCUUCAGAGAGCUGAACGUGGUGAGAGAGAACAAGUACAGCUUGGUGGAACUUGUUCAUCACUUCUUCCCUGAAACCAGAGACGCAGGAAUCUGCAGGUUCGAUCAGUUCCCGGUCGUGUUCAUCUUUGACGGUCUGGAUGAGUGUCGACUUCCUCUGGACUUCCUCAACACUGAGAUCCUGACUGAUGUCACAAAGUCCACCUCAGUGGAUGUGCUGCUGACAAACCUCAUCAGGGGGAAGCUGCUUCCCUCUGCUCGCCUCUGGAUAACCACACGACCUGCAGCAGCCAAUCAGAUCCCUCCUGAGUGUGUGGACAUGGUGACAGAGGUCCGAGGGUUCACUGACCCACAGAAGGAGGAGUACUUCAGGAAGAGAUUCAGAGAUCAGCAGCAGGCCAGCACCAUCAUCUCCCACAUCAAGACCUCACGAAGCCUCCACAUCAUGUGCCACAUCCCAGUCUUCUGCUGGAUCUCUGCUUCAGUUCUGGAGGAGGUGUUGAAAACCAGAGAGGGAGGAGAGCUGCCCAAGACCCUGACUGAGAUGUACAUCCACUUCCUGGUGGUUCAGUCCAAAGUCAAGAACAUCAAGUAUGAUGGAGGAGCUGAGACAGAUCCACACUGGAGUCCAAAGAGCAGGAAGAUGAUGGAGGCUCUGGGGAAACUGGCUUUUGAGCAGCUGCAGAAAGGCAACCUGAUCUUCUAUAAGUCCGACCUGACAGAGUGUGGCAUCGAUAUCAGAGCAGCCUCAGUGUACUCAGGAGUGUUCACACAGGUCUUUAGAGAGGAGAGAGGACUGUACCAGGACAAGGUGUUCUGCUUCGUCCAUCUGAGCGUUCAGGAGUUUCUGGCUGCUCUUCAUGUCCAUCUGACCUUCAUCAGCUCUGGAGUCAACCUGCUGGCAGAAGAACCAACAACCUCCCAGCAGUAUGAGGUCAAACCUGAACUAACACAUCUCUACCAGAGUGCUGUGGACCAGGCCUUACAGAGUCCAAACGGACACCUGGACUUGUUCCUCCGCUUCCUCCUGGGUCUUUCACUGCAGACCAAUCAGGAACUCCUACGAGGCCUGCUCACACAGACAGGAAGUGACUCAGGGACUGAAGAGGAAACAGUCCAGUACAUCAAGAAGAAGAUAGAAGAGGCUCCCUCUCCAGAGAGAAGCAUCAACCUGUUCCACUGUCUGAAUGAACUGAAUGAUCGUUCUCUAGUGAAGCAGAUCCAACAGUACCUGAGUUCAGGAAGUCUCUCCACAGAGAAUCUCUCUCCUGCUCAGUGGUCAGCUCUGGUCUUCAUCUUACUGUCAUCAGGAGAAGAUCUGGACGUGUUUGACCUGAAGAAAUACUCUGCUUCAGAGGAGGUUCUUCUGAGGCUGCUGCCAGUGGUCAAAGCCUCCAACAAAGCUCUACUGAGUGUCUGUAACCUGUCAGAGAGAAGCUGUGCAGCUCUGUCCUCAGUCCUCAGCUCCCAGUCCUCUAGUCUGAGAGAGCUGGACCUGAGUAACAACGACCUGCAGGAUUCAGGAGUGAAGCUGCUGUCUGCUGGACUGGAGAGUCCACACUGUGAACUGGAGACUCUCAGUCUGUCAGGCUGUCUGGUCACAGAGGAAGGCUGUGUUUCUCUGGCUUCAGCUCUGAGCUCCAACCCCUCCUCCCAUCUGAGAGAGCUGGACCUGAGCUACAAUCAUCCAGGAGACUCAGGAGAGAAGCUGCUGUCUGCUGGACGUGAAGAUCCACUCUGGAGACUGGAGACACUCAGGAUGGACCAUGGUGGACUGCAGUGGUUGAAACCUGGUCUGAGGAAGUGUGAGUGCUUUAAGUUUGAUUCCUCAGAGCUGCUCAGGUUACACUGCACAUGAGAUCCAGAACACAACAAAGUGAACACAGAACCAACAGAACCAACAGAACCAACAGAACCAACAGAACCAACAGAUACACAAUUCUUAACAGAAAGAUCACUUCUUCUUUUCACUGUUAUAGGUAUAUUCUCAUAUAUUUCAAAUGAAUCUUUUUUAGUUUAUAAUUAGAUGUUUUUAACAGGAUGAGAAGAACUACAUCACAUUCAAGAUGACUCCAUCACAUUCAAGAUGACUCCAUCACAUUCAAGAUGACUCCAUCACAUUCAAGAUGACUACAUCACAUUCAAGAUGACUCCAUCACAUUCAAGAUGACUACAUCACAUUCAAGAUGACUCCAUCACAUUCAAGAUGACUCCAUCACAUUCAAGAUGACUCCAAUACGUUAAUACUGCAUCCCCACUCAUUCUCCA